UUGAGCAGAGUCUCCUAUCAAAUGAGCGUAUACAAUGGGCGAACUAAACUGAUUUUCAUAACUUAUUGUUAUUAUUUUUGCAUUUUGGGCUAAUUUUACUUUAUUAGGAGUCAUUAGGAGCACUGUGCUGUUUACGUUUGCAACUGUUAGUUUUAAACAAUACUUCGCCUAAACAAAAACACUGAUUGUUUAGCUGGUUCGGCAGCCAGCUGAACUAUUAACGUUGAGUGUUUCUUCAUUUUCCAAAGCGGUUCCAGGACACAUCUGGACAUAUUCAUCUUUCAUACGUUUUUUUUUUGGAAAUUCUGGACAGGACUGGGUCACCACCCCUUGUCACAGCGCCAUGGCUGACAGCAGCAUACUUACUUUAGGGCCGGGCCGGAGCAUUCUGGUGGACUCCUCCGUGUACGACUCCCGGAUGGCCGAGACCUCAAAGGAGCAAUAUUUCAUUGGUCUACACUCAGACGAGACAGAGGGUGUAUUGCCCAGAGUUGAGACCAGGGUGGUGUUGGUUGGGGAGGCCAGCAACAUGGCAGAACUUGAGAAAGCUCUUCAGGCCAUCACAAUAAUGGAAGUCCCGGUGGUAAAGAUUAAAGAAGGGCAGCCGGGCACAGAAGCGCGUGAGAAAUUGAUAAAAUCUAUAGUCAAUAUGGAUUUAAACACCCCCUGUAUCAAGACUGACAAUGUCCGUGAUUUUGGUGAUGGUGAGAACUGCGAGUUCGAGACAGUGUUUGUGUUGAAAGACUUCCAGGCUCCUGAAUACAGCUUCCUGUACAAGAAUGACAACCGUAUCCUGGGGCCUCCUGCCGUGAUGCACUGCGCCAACAAGGGAGAGCCUCUGCCGUUCUCCUCCAGGCCACUCUACUCGAUGACCAUGCUCAACUUGUCUCUCUGCUUCACUGGUUUUCGUAAAAAAGAUGAAGUGGUUGCUUUGGUUAAUCUUGUCCAUCACAUGGGUGGCACCAUCAGAAAAGACUUUGACAGUGCUAAAGUCACGCACCUCAUCGCCCGCUCAACACAUGGUGAAAAGUACAGGUUGGCAGUGUGUAUGGGCACACCCAUCCUCACCCCUGACUGGAUACGCAAGGCAUGGGAGCACAGAGAUGACAUUAAUUUCCACGCAGGCAACGAGCAGUUCCGCACUGAGUUUAAAGUUCCUCCAUUCCAGGACUGUGUCCUCAGCUUUCUGGGCUUCUCGGAGGAAGAAAAAAACAACAUGGAGGAGAGGACGCAGAAACAUGGUGGACGCUUCCAGGCGGUGGGCGAUGAAAGGUGCACCCACUUGGUAGUUGAGGAGAACUCCAUUAAAGAACUGCCCUUUACUCCCCUAAAAAGACUCUAUGUAGUGAAGCAGGAGUGGUUUUGGGGCAGUAUACAAAUGGAUGCCCGUGCAGGGGAAUCGAUGUACUCUUAUGAAAAGCCGGAGAGUCCUGCCAUGAAGAAGGCUGUGUCAUUGCUGUCUCUCACGACGCCCAACAGCGGCAGAAAACGACGGCGUCUCCGUGAGACAUUGGCUCAGCUCACCAAAGAGACAGAGAUUUCUCCCUUCCCACCACGCAAGAGACCCUCGGCUGAACACUCGCUCUCCAUGGGCUCCCUGCUGGACAUCUCCAACACUCCAGACACCAAGUCCAGUGGAGAGCUCAGGUGCAGAAGAAGCAGCGGUAGGCGGAGGAGCAGCAGACAGAGUAGAUCAGAGAGACUGCAGCGCACCAGCACUCCUGUGUGCAGACAGGAGGACCAGACAGAGAAUGCCAAAGUCCCCAAAAGCUCAACGCCUGCACUUCCCAAGCAGUCAGCACGAUGGCAGGUCUCUAAAGAGCUCUACCAAACCGAGAGCAACUACGUUGAUAUCUUGGCCACGGUCCUGCAGCUCUUCAAAUAUCCGCUGGAAAAAGAGGGGCAGGUGGGCGGCCCCAUUCUGGCACAGGAAGAGAUCAAGACCAUCUUUGGCAGCAUUCCAGACAUCUAUGAAGUGCACACGAGAAUAAAGGCGGAUCUGGAGGAGCUGGUGAUGAACUGGUCUGAAGAGAGGAGCGUUGGAGACAUUAUCCUGAAAUAUUCUGGAGAGCUGGUGAAGGCCUACCCACCAUUUGUCAACUUCUUUGAGAUGAGCAAAGAGACCAUAGUGAGAUGCGAGAGACAGAAGCCCAGGUUUCAUGCCUUCCUGAAGAUUAAUCAGUCUAAACCAGAAUGUGGCCGUCAGACUCUCGUUGAGCUUUUGAUUCGUCCCGUGCAGAGACUGCCAAGCGUCGCCCUCCUGCUGAAUGAUAUAAAGAAACACACAUCAGAUGACAACCCAGAUAAAGUGACACUUGAAAAGGCCAUCGAGUCUCUCAAGGAAGUGAUGACCCACAUAAAUGAGGAUAAAAGGAAAACAGAAGGACAGAAGCAGAUCUUUGAUGUUGUUUAUGAGGUGGACGGCUGUCCUGCCAACCUGUUGUCGUCACAUCGAAGUCUGGUUCACAGGGUGGAAACCAUUGCUCUGGGAGACAAACCCUGCGAUCGGGGAGAACAUGUCACACUUUUCCUGUUCAACGACUGUUUGGAGAUCGCCAGAAAGAGGCACAAGGUGAUAACCAAUUUUCGGAGUCCGUUGGGUCAGACGCGACCACCUGCCCAGCUCAAGCACAUCACCCUGAUGCCCCUGUCCCAGAUCAGAAGAGUUCUUGACAUCCAGGACACAGAGGAAUGUCAGAACGCCUUCGCCCUGGUGGUGCGUCCUCCUACAGAACAAGAGAACUUGCUAUUCAGUUUCCAGUUGACGGCUGAAGACACCCUCAAAACUACCUGGCUCAAAACUCUCUGCCGUCAGGUGGCCAAUACGAUCUGUCGAGCUGACGCGGAAGAUCUCAUUCAGAGCACCGAUCCUGACUCGGUCCAAGUGAGCACUAAGGACAUGGACAGCACGCUCAGCAGAGCAUCCAGAGCCAUCAAAAAGACAUCAAAGAAGGUCACUCGAGCGUUUUCUUUCACUAAAACCCCCAAGCGUGUGCUUCAGAGGGCUUUUAUGGCCAAUGGUACCCCAGAUGAGAGAAGUCCUUGCCCAGAUGCUGAUCGCAUGAGCCGAAUGUCCAGCAGCUCCACACUGGCUACUGUUCAUUCCCCAUCCAUGAUCAACCUCUCCUCUGCCUUCGAGAGGAAGUACCACACUUUCAGUCGAUCCACUACUCACCUGAUCUGAACUUUGCGUCCUGCGCUCUACAGUAUUGUAAUUAAUUGGAACACUAUGGUACCACGUCCGCCCGACGCCUCUAGCCCAAGCCACCCCCCCAUCCGGGUUUAAUUUACAGGUCCGAGACCCACCAAAUGAAGGACGGCUUGUGUUGAUGUCGACGUCUGGGCAAAUUUAAUUAACAUGGAGAGACAUUUAUAACUGACAUGUUCUGAUUUUAUUAGAGGGUAGAGUUUUCACACGAUUAUUAACCACUGAAUGUAUUACUUCCUCAUGUUUUAUAAGAUAGGCUUAAUCUAAACUAAUCUAGUUUCCAGCUUUUAUAAAGCUACAGACAUCUGGCCGUUGCAUUUAAGCUGUCACAGUAAGGUUUAUAACGCAACACUGCAUACUUUUAGAACUGAUUUUUAUUGUUGAUUCAGGGGUAGAGGUUUCUAAAAGUCAAGAGUCGUUGCGGUCAGCUUUCCAUAUUUAUUCUCUAGAAUCGGUUUAUGUAAAUCUUCCUUUCUAUUUAUGUGUAAAUAUUGAUGUUUUCUCUUUGUGAUUGUGUCAUACUAAUAGUAGUUUGUCUCCGUCGCUUGUUUUGUUUUUUGUAGUCUGUGCACUUAUGUCUACACAAACAUUUAUUCGUGUGUAAAGGAAAAUUUUUUUCUAUAAAAGGGAUUCAUAUAAUGUCCUUGUCUACUGCAGAUUUGCUUGGAGUGGGCUGGUUUUAUGUCAUUGGUUUGACUACUUUUGAA